GUUUUAUUCUGAAGACAAACGUACUGUACUUCCGGCAUUUUCCUCGCUGGGUUCAGUAAGUUUGACGUGUCCCCGCUUUGACGUAUGAAUCAUCCUUCCCAAGAUGGCGACACACCUGUUUCCUCGGUGUUGAUCCUUGUUGUCGUCUGCGCAGCCUAAGAAAACAAAGCAUCAGGAACAGAGCGUUGAACUGGCGGCGUAGAUAAACACCUGGAGUGACCUCCAAAAUGUCCACAGAGGAGCUGUCAGCCUCGGACAGCGAGGCUGUCUUCGCCGGGGCAGGGGAGCGAUGGGCACCGGUGGGCGCUGUGGCCAGUCCCGAGGAUGAGAGCGGGAGCGGGAGCGCUGGCCAGGCGGCGCAGAGAGGCUCGUCCUCGGCCACCGAGGAGGAAAUGGCCGUCAGGCUGGAGAAGCUGGAAGAGGAGCAAGCCUCGCUGAACUCCUCUCUCCUCGCCCUCACCUCGCACUUUGCUCAGGUGCAGUUCCGGCUGAAGCAGAUAGUUCACGCUCAGAGCGAGGAGAAGGAGAGGAUGCUGGUCGAGCUGGAGGAGUUCGCCUUCAGGGGCUGCCCGCAUGUGGUGGGCUGCCGGGCUCAGGAUGCCAAACAGCUGGAGAACUCGAGUGAGAGGGAGAAGAGGGAGCGCCUGGAGGCUCAGAGGGAGAAGCAGAAGGAUCUCAUCUUCCAGCUGAAGACGCAGCUGGAUGAUCUGGAGCGCUUCGCCUAUCAGGAGGGCAGCUACGACUCUCUGCCGCAGUCGGUCGUCAUGGAGAGGCAGAAGGUCAUCAUUGAUGAGUUGAUCAAAAAGUUGGACGUGAACUUGAACGAGGACAUCGGGAACUUGACGCCUGAGGAGCUGAGACAGAGAGUGGACGCCGCCAUCUCUCAGAUAGUGAACCCAGCGAGGGUCAAAGAGCAGCUGGUGGAUCAGCUCAAAACCCAGAUCAGAGACUUGGAGAUGUUCAUCAGCUUCAUACAGGAUGAGGUGGGGAACCCUCUGUUGUCAGACGGCAGACACAGCCAGCAGCCCCAGGCAGCAGGAACCAAUGCCCGAACGCCAGGAGUGAAGAAGAACGUGGACCCGGAGCAGGCCCAGAAGAUGCGAGAGACCGGCCUGCAGCUGAUCCAGAAGGCCCUUGCUGUGUUACAGAUCUUCGCCGCGAGCCAGUUCGGCUGCGCACCCGGCCACGUCCCUCAGAGCAUGUGGCCCCAGGAGUCGACAGGGCGGGACUACGGGCCCCUGCUGCAGCGUCUGGAGGCGGCUGUGGAGAAGGUGCGAGUGCUUGGUUCACGCAGGCAGCCGUCCCUCGAACAUGUCGUCAACUACACCAGCAACACGGCGCUGGGACCACGAGACGAGCUGACGACGUCUGUGAGGAAGGAGCUGGCCUUUGCUCUGAAAGACUUGUUGGCUCAUGGCCUCUUCUCGCCCUCGCAGACCAUGAGCCUGGUGCUGGCCCCCAUCUCCUGCCUGCUGCCUUACAGAUCAUCCCCACAGACCAUGCACCCGUGGGAACUCUUUGUUAAGUACUACCACUCCAAAAACGGGAAGGCCUUUGUGGAGUCACCGGCCCGCCAGCUUUCACAGUCCUUCAGCCUGCCUGUAGGGGGCGGCCCGGUGACCGUCACCCCUAAACAGUCUCUGCUGUGGGCCGUCCACACUGUGCUGAAGGAGCACGGGCGCUACAAACGAGGACCGGACACAGAGUUCAAAGCGCUGGUGUGCAUGGCUCUGAAUGAGCAGCGCCUGGUGUCCUGGCUCAACCUGCUGUGUAAGUCAGGCACUCUGAUACACCCGCACUACCAGCCCUGGAGCUACAUGGCCCAGACCGGCUUCGAGGGAGCCCUGCGAAUCCUGGGCCGCAUCAGCCACCUCAAAUUCAACCUCCCGGUGGACCUGGCUGUUCGGCAGCUGAAGAACAUUAAGGAUGCUUUCUAAAGGGGAAAAAGGAAACAAAUCUGUGAAACGUCAAGAAGCAUCAGUCUCAGAAAUCAAGUAUUUUAUCAGCUAAACUCCACUGCUCUUAAGCUGGCAUUCAGGACCAACAGCAAGACUUUGUACUUUAAGUAUGUAACCUUAUUAAAGGUUGUUCAAGUAGCCACCCAUCUGAAGUGAAGUGCAAGUGUGUGAUGUCUACAGUACGUGCAUGCAUGGUUAUGUUGUGCGAGCUUCAGCCAUAAUAAUCUGCAUUUCCCACUUUGUUUAAGAUGCCAAAAUGUCAAGAUGACGAUGCUAAUUGUACUGUAAAGACGCCUUAGAACGGAGACUGAGAUUACCUCAUGUUUAGUGAAGCCUUCCUGACCUGUGCGUCCUGUGCUCGUCAUACAGCAUCGCUCCCCUGUGUGAAUGUGACAGCGCCCUAACCUAUGCAGCAAAGAAACAGAGAGGCUGGAUUUGUGCAGUAAUCAGUACUGCAACGCGUUCGCCUUCUAGACAUGAAUGUGCAGGCAGAAACACUUUGUCAGUACUGAGGCUUCUGCACAGGAACCGGGAGCUUGUUGGUGCUGCUCCAUUGUUCUUCUGUGAUGAACCGUUUCACGUGUAGCAGAUUGGAUGGUCGUGAAGCUAAACUGCAGCGCUCAGGUCAGGUCAGCUUAAAGUGACAAAUGUGUUACAGUUUCCGUGGCGAUGCAGGAGACAAACGUGAAGUGCUGGCGUUAUGUGACAUGAUGCAGAUGUUAGGCGACUCCAUUUGAAAUCCGAGGCUGUUCUCACUUCCUGCACAUCUUCUAUUUCAGGCGUGGGUUAGACACUUAGACCCUGUAUGAACUGCUGCUUUCCUCCGGUUCCAGGUUUAGUCAGAUUUAAGAUUUAUUUAAUGAUGUAACGGCUUACAUCUCAUGUGUAACAUGAAUGUAGGACAUAAGAGUUUAAAUUUGUUUUUAUCUUCCUGAGACAGCUGAGUUGCACGUAUGAUAUCCUUAAAUACUGAAUGUACAAACCGCAGAUGCUGUUAAACUGACGUUACUUUCUGUCUGCUGUAUGUUUCCCUGCUGUUUAUGGGAAUCAAAGUUCAGUGUUUGUCAGCCCACAUGUAUGCAUCAAACCUCUGACAGCAGACGUGCUGCAUUUAUGUUUCCUGAGAUAAAAACCUGAUUCCAUAACGAUGCACUUUGUUAUCUGAGUGCGCUGGGAGACACAUUUUAUUCUCUUUUUUUGUUACUGUUUAAAUGGAAAUGUUGCAAUCUGUUUGGGAGUCCUGUUGUGAAUAUAAUGUUAUGUUUUACAUCAUAUUUUCCCUUUUUUGUUGUAUUUUGUUGAGCUGUUAUGUUGUGAUUUAUGUAACGAGACUUUUAUUUAUUAGAUAGCAUGUUUUAGCUCAAACACACCAAAACACUUUGUUGAAGUAGCUGCUGAAUCACACUAAAUCAUUUAAAUCGU